GCAGUAAGAAGAAGACACUAUAAGCAACAAUAUCGGAACGCGCACAAUACACAAUAAAAAAUCAGAAUAUCGGAAUAUACACAAUAUUUUUUGCAGUGCUAUCGAGUUAAUUAUGUGAUCUUUUCUUCAGUGCUUCCGUCUCAAUUCGCUAAUAAAUAUCACACACAACACAGACGGGCCCAAGAUGUGGGCAGCUGGCUGUAAACAAUGCGAGCUGCAAGUGAAUCAAAUUGUGCACAAUUAAUAUUAAUAUUAUUAUUGUUAUUAUUAUUGGUAUGCGCUGUACUAGUUGUCGGCUGUGGCGCGCACGAUGAAACGCAGCGCAAGACAACAAAUCCAAAAACAAACUAACAAGGCCAACAACACCAGCAACAACAAUAAUAAGGCGCAAAUGCAAGAGGCAAAAACAAGAAAACGCCAAAUAACAUAACAAAACACACUGUGAGCAAUUCGAGUGGCGAGUUGACGUCGUUGCCAUUGCACUGCAGCAAAUAAUUAGUUGAAUGCUUAAACAGACCAACUGUACAUCAUUCUCCCUCGCACCCUCUCUCAUUAACUCACAUAACUGUGCAUAGCAAAGGAGCAAAGGAGUAGCAGCAACAACAACGACAACAAUAAACAGCAAGCCAACAGAGGAACAGAGAACAAGCAACAACAGCGAAAAAAACAGGCAAACAACCACCGAAAUGUCGUCGCUCAAGGUUGCCGUCAGGGUUCGACCCUUUAACUCGCGUGAAAUUGAUAUGGACGCCCAGCUGAUAAUGGAAAUGGAGGGCAAGAAGACGCGCCUCUUAAAGCCCCGAUCCGUGCGCGAUGCGGGUCGCGAAACCCAGCACGAUUUCACCUUCGACUAUUCAUAUUGGUCAUUCGAUGCGGAGGACUCACACUUUGCCACACAGGAGCAGGUGUACAGCGAUCUGGGCAACGAUGUCGUCGAUUGCGCCUACGAAGGUUACAAUGCCUGCGUCUUUGCCUACGGACAGACGGGCUCGGGCAAGACGUUCACCAUGAUGGGGACGCCGAGCAAUCCGGGCCUGAUACCGCGCAUUUGCGAGGAGCUGUUCACGCGCAUGCGCAUCGGUCAGGAGUCGGGCACGGGAUAUCGCACGGAGGCCAGCUACCUGGAGAUAUACAAUGAGCGGGUCAAGGAUCUGCUGUCGGCACAGAGCACGGGGCAUGCGCUACGAGUGCGCGAACAUCGCACCCAGGGGCCCUAUGUGGAGAAUUUAUCGCAGCAUGCCGUCUCCGACUUUGAGGAGAUACAGGAGUGCAUUGCUCGUGGAAAUGCGCACCGCACCACGGCCAGCACCAACAUGAAUGACACAAGCAGUCGCAGUCACGCCAUCUUCACGAUUACCUUUGUGCAGGCCGUCUUCAUGAAUGACAUGCCAAGCGAGACUGUCUCCAAAAUACAUCUUGUCGACUUGGCUGGCAGUGAGCGUGCCAAUGCAACGGGCGCAACGGGACAGCGGCUGAAGGAGGGCGCCCACAUCAAUAAAUCUCUGGUGACGCUGGGCAGCGUCAUCUCAGCACUGGCGGAGCAGUCGAGUGCCGGCAGCGCGCAAGUGUCUUCUUCUUCGCUGGCAACCACACCGAAUGGCGGGACGAAGCGUGUGCUCUACAUUCCGUAUCGGGACUCCAUACUCACCUGGCUGCUGAAGGACAGUCUCGGCGGCAACAGCAAGACAAUUAUGAUAGCGGCACUGUCGCCGGCGGAUUGCAACUACAGCGAGACGUUGAGCACAUUGCGAUAUGCGAAUCGUGCCAAGAAUAUCAUCAACAAACCGACGGUGAAUGAGGAUGCCAAUGUGAAGUUAAUACGCGAGCUUCGCGAGGAAAUCAACAAGCUUAAGUCGAUGUUAACCGGCGAUAUUCAAUCGUUGCAACCCUCGCUGAAAAUGCUGGCCGAUCUGCAAAAGAAGGAGGCACAGGAGAAAGUCCUCACGGAGGAGUGGACGGAGAAAUGGAAGGUCGCCCAGUCCAUAUUGCAGGAGCAAAAGAGUCUCGGACUACGCAAAUCUGGUGUGGGCGUUGUGCUCGACUCAGAAAUACCGCAUUUGAUUGGUAUACACAACGAUGUGACGACUGGCGUCACCCUGUAUAGCCUGAAGGAGGGCGAAACGCGCAUUGGGACAGAGGAUGCGGAGUUGGCACAGCACAUUGAGCUGAUGGGCGAUGGCAUAAGACCACAACACUGCAGCAUUGUGCUAAAGGGGGGCGUGGCCACGCUACAUCCGUGUUCGCAGGCCCAGUGCUGGGUGAAUGCGCAUCUCAUCGAUGAGCCCAAACAGAUCUCCCAGGGCGAUAUCAUAUUGCUGGGACGCACUAACAUUUUCCGCUUCAACAAUCCCACCGAGGCAGAGAAACUGCGCAAAGAUCUAAAUCGCUCGCAGUUGGAUAUGUCGCGUCUGUCUUUGAUUACCUCGUCACGGGAGAAUUUGCUCUCGUGCAGCACCUAUGUGGACGAUGAUGCCAUGACGGGCAGCACCUCGUCCUCGUCUAAGCGAUCUGACCGGCAGUAUUAUCCACAGCGUCCAAUGUCACGCGAUGAUCCCGAGUUGCAGGAUGAAAACCGCAAAAUACUAGACACGAUUGAGAAUGCACUCAAACAACUGAAUGUGGAACGCGUUCAGAUGCAUGAUCAGUACAAGACCAAGGUGCGGAAGCUAACCGAGGAACUGAAGCGCCUGGAGCUGGAGAAAAUUGAUGGCAUGGAGGUGUUGAAUUGCCGCGAACAGGAGCUGUUUGCCCGCAAGGACAUGUUGCUCUGGGAAAAGAAUAACGAAAAAGUUCAGAUCGACAUUGUGUGUAGACAAAUUUCAGCAUUUCAAACGCAGCUCGACUCAAAGAAACGCGAUUUCUCAGAGUAUGUAGCGAAAGAAUUACAGGAGCUGCAUGAUUGUGGCAAACUUGACGAGAUGGGUGUAAAAAUCGAGGAAGGCACUCCGUUAAAUGAUGAACUACUGCUGCACGUCUCCGAAUCGUUGGAUUUGUUUGCUGCGCAGUUCAUCAAGGAUACGGUUCGAAGAAAUAAUGAAGAGAUACGCAGGCUGGACGAGCAAAUCGCCGAGAAGGAGCGCAUACUCAAUGCCAGCACCACUAAAAUAGCUAAAGUCGAUGAGACCAUGCUGGAAAUACAGGGGCAAUUGGACCUUUUGCGCCAGGAGCGAGCUGACAGUGAGCAAGAGUCCCAGGCAAUGAGAGCCAAAAAGCAGAGCAUGCAAUUGCAGAUGACAAGUGCUAAUGAUAUGGAUGAUGUGUCCAAAUCGGACACCUAUGAAACCUGUGAUACUUUCCAUACGGCGCACUCCGAUUUCUCGCUAAUGUCAUCGCCCACCAUCACGGAGGGUCAGCAGUCGCCGCUGAGCAAUUGCUCGUGCGAGGCCGAUAAUGAGGCGGACGACACGCGUAAGGAUGACUUAUCGGGCAGCAGCGAGGAUGCUUCGCGCACAUGCACUGCGGGUCCCAGCAGUGGCAGUGGCAGCGGAAGCACUUCUGUUCCACACAGCUCACAGGCAAUCAUGAGUGACAGCGGUGUCUGCUUGGACAGUCGCAAUCAGCAAAGCAUGAUCCCAAAUGGAGCUGGCAGCAACUACAGAAACACUAUGCGCACCAGCGAUGAGGAGACGGGCUCCUGUUCUUCCUGUGAACUCGGCAGAAGCACAGGCAUGAUGCGCUCCCAUUGCCCAUUGCUUGCGCAGCGGCGCAAAAUUGCCUCCCGAAAGGCGUUAAUUAUGAAGAAUCUCGAAACGGAUCUAAACAGGGCUCAUCUCGAUGAGCAAAUAGCCAUUUUGCAAGAUCUGCAGCAGACCUACAUGCAAAUGGAACAGGAAAUGCUGCAAUCAGUGGAGGAUCGUGAGUCGCAUGCUCAGUGUUGUGCGGGUGAGCUGGCGUGCUCAGUUAAGCGCUCCAGAGUGAUGAGUCCAACCAGCAUGGAGGAGUCCACCUCACAAAUCUUUUCACCCAGCAUGACAAGAUCUUGUCCGUCAAUGAGCGAGUUUUCCGAAGGCGAACACUUUAUUACCAUACCAAGUUUCGUGAUGCGCGGAGCAGGCAAACAAACCCACUAUGAGUAUGAGGUGCGCAUUGCCCUGUCCGAUGGCAAACUGAAUAUUCUGCGUCGCUACAGUCGCUUCCGGGAGCUGCACUUGUGCAUGAAGCAUUGCUAUGGUGCAAAGAUCUCUGCAUUGCCUUUUCCACGCCGUGAAUUAUUCGCCUCGAAUAGUGAGCCGGUGGCCAAGCAUCGUCGCCGUUUGCUGGAGCUCUAUUUGCGUCGUCUGUUUGUCGUCUGCUCCAAGAUACCGCAGUGUCCAAUUUAUGAGGGACCGGGGGGACCGGGCCUCACGCGUGCCUCUCUCGGUCAGCUGUCGUCUUUUUUCAAGAAGGGCCUGUUCGAGAACGGAAAGCACGGGACGGGAUAAUAGUUAACCUACUGCUGAAUUAUCUCCUGCCUACAGUGUGUCUAUUAAUAUAUUUAUAUUAUCUGCUAAGCUAUAUGAACUACGAUAUGGACCUGUUUUAAGUAGCUAGCCGAAGAAAUUAUAAUAAUGUGUACUCAAUCAAAUAUGUGUAAGAUCUUGUAUGUUAUGUAAGACCACCAGUGUCCUUCCAAUCUGUUAUAUAUUCUUCUAUAAUCAAUGUAUAGAGCUUUACCUUAAACUAAUUGUAAACGGAACUGCCAAUGGCAUUAUAGUAUCUUUGUAUUCUACAUAGAAGAACCAAGUACAUACAUACAAACAUACAUAUAUAUAUAUAUGUAUAUUAUCUCAUCUCAAUGGUUGAGAAUUUUUAAUAAGCUUUGUUGGUUUGUUCGUUGGUGGCGUAUUUUAAAAUAGCAAAUUUUUCACUAGUUAAAUAUUGUAUACUAAUAUUGUGUUUAUGUGGAACUUCCAUAAGUUAUUCCAGUUAUUCAGUCUGUGAUUAUCAAUUGAAAGUUAUAUGACAACAUCUAAACAUCCAAACAAACAUAACGUAACUGAACAUUUCACGAGUAUAUACAAAUCCAAUAAAUUAGACGUAGGCUAGCGAUAAAUAUAAUUGAACACUGAUGGGUCAUGGGUAGGCUGAUGUUUAGCAGUAGGUGAUAAGCAAUAUAUAGCAUAUAAGUAAUCAUAAGCUGAUCGUCGCAAUUACUUUACACUAAUUAUGAGUACAACUAACAGCAAAAAACAUUAAAUGUUAAUUACAUACAAAUCUAGGAUAAGCGCUUAGCAUAAUGAUAACUGAUCGUUGAAGUUGCUCCAUUGCAAUUACUGAAACAAUAAUAGUCUAAAUGUUUAAUAAAAAUCAUUUCAUAUGU